UCAUUGCGGUGUUACGUGUUUCGCGUGUCAGACGCUUCGGUUCGCGUCGCGCGCGUUCCGUUGGCGGCGACUUUUUGGGCGAGAUUAUUUAAUAACAAUUUAUAAAUAAUUCAGCGACAAGAAAAUAAACAUUUAUCGGACUGGACUUUGCCUUAAAAGUAUGCUAUUUAGAAAUAAAAUCCCUUGUGAUUUGUAGUCCAGUCUUAAUAGUAAUAUAUAAAAAGAAAAUCUACAACAAAUGAAAAAAGUGAACAUCAGAACUUGAUAUAAUGAACUCAAGAACAAAAUGAAAUACUUCGAAAUAAAGACAACUUUUCAAUGUAAAUAAAUCAAUAAACGCUGAAACAUUCAAUGGAAUUUUAAUGAAAUAAAAAACCAACAAAGUAAAAGUUUUGGGAAACCCAAGGAAAUAAAAGAAAGAAUAAAUAACAAAAUAUCAAACCAAUAAAGCCUAUUAGAACUAGAAAAUAAUAAACAAACAGCCAGAUAAAUUAAAAACUAGAACUUUUAUUGUUAAAAAAAAUUUGAGUAGCUGAAAAAUAGUUUAGUCAAUAUAAGACAUUUUAAUAGAGAUCAAACAGUCAAAUGAAAAUUCAAUUUCAACUGCAAAAGAGGCAAACAAACAAAUAUAAAAUAAUCUAGCAACAAUUAAAAUAGAAAUCGAAUGCCUAAAAAAAUAUAAAUGAAUAAAAUCCUGCACAGCACACUAGCUAAAUAAAUAGAAUAAACAAUGGCGUCCAAUAGUGUAUUAAAAUAAAUAUAAACAAAAUAGAAAGCAAAGCAAUCAGUGGCUAAAUAAAAUAUAGUUUGUUAAAAAAAGUGAAGUAUAAACAAAAGAGCAAAAACAAUGUCGAUGGCAUUGUGCAAUUUAAACGGCGACGGCAGUGCGGCGCAGUCGACGGCGCAGUCGCAGUCGCCGGCCGUCGCGGCAACGCAUUCACAUACGCUGCAGCAGGAGAGUACGCCGCUGCUCUUGGGCCACGACCAGAGUGCUGCUGCGGCAGAGGUCGCCAGCAGAGGUGACGCAGCGGUCACUUCCAUUGAAAUGCCCACUGUCGCAGGCAGCGAUUCUGCUGCCGUACCAUCGCUGCCUCUGCCAGCAUCGCUGCCAGCGCAGCCGCCAGCGCAGCCGCAGCCACCGCUGCUGAUGGCGCUGCCCGCCAACCUCAACUUCGUAACGGGACCCACGACACAGCAGCUGAUGAUCGGUAACGGCGCCGUCGGCGUCAUUCCCUCGACCAACGACAACAAUAACAACAACAACAAUGUGGACAAUACUAGCGACGAAUCGAACCCGGUCACCAUUUACAGGUGCCGGGCUCCCAUUGCGUCACUCGACUGUAUGGAGGAGUUCAGUGGCCGCUCCAUCAGCCUGGGCUCCAAUCCGGCGCUGCCGCUGCGGCACGGCUCCACGCCGACGCCGGGGCUGCGGUACAAGAAUCUCGGCAAGAGCGGCCUCCGGAUCUCCAACGUGGGCCUGGGCACCUGGCCCGUCUUCUCGCCGGGCGUGAGCGAUGAGCAGGCGGAGGCCAUCCUCAAGCUGGCCAUCGAGAGCGGGAUCAACCUGUUCGACAUCUCGGAGGCCCACUCGGAGACCGAGAUCGGCAAGAUCCUGCAGCGGGCGGGCUGGAAGCGGACCGCCUACGUCAUCACCACGAAGGUCUACUGGAGCACCAAGUCCGAGGAACGAGGUCUUUCCCGGAAACACAUCAUCGAGUGUGUUAGGGCCAGUUUGCAGCGAUUGCAGCUGCAGUACAUCGAUAUCGUCAUCAUUCACAAGGCGGAUCCCAUGUGUCCCAUGGAGGUGGUGCGCGCCAUGAGCUACGUUAUACAGCAGGGCUGGGCAAUGUACUGGGGCACCGCCAGGUGGAGCCAGGUGGAGAUCAUGGAGGCCUACACCAACUGCCGCCAGUUCAACUGCAUCACGCCCAUCGUGGAGCAGUCCGAGUACCACAUGUUCUGCCGCGAGAAGUGCGAGCUCUACCUGCCGGAGAUGUACAACAAGAUCGGCGUGGGCCUCAUGGCCUGGGGCCCCCUCUCGAUGGCCCUGAGCGACACCCAGAACGGCGACAAGCUCUUCCUGCCCAAGGGAUCCUUCAAGACGAAGAGCUUCUCGUGGACCGAGGACGAGAUCAAUCGCAAUGCCGCUCUGUCGCCACAGGGCAGUUGGGGCAAGGACCGGAUUGAGGAGGGGCGCCGCCACUGCGACCGCCUCCGUGACCUUGCCGCCCUCGCCGAGAAGCUGGGCUGCAGCCCCACCCAGCUGUCGAUCGCCUGGUCGCUGAAGCACGAGCCUGUCCAGUGUCUGCUGCUGGGCGCCACCUCGGCGGAGCAGCUCCACCAGAGCCUGCAGUCGUUGCAGCUGCUGCCACGGCUCUCCUCGAGCGUCAUGCUGGAGCUGGAGCGGAUCCUGGAGAACAAACCGGUGCGGCCGCCGAUGAUCUCGACCCUGGCGCUCCGGUGACAAUCAGCGUGCCCGCAGGGGCCGCUCAGCCUGAGCGGCGGCGGACCCUGCGGCGCAGACUCGCCGAAGCACGAGGAUGAGGCCUUCAUCGAGGAGGUGGACGCUGCCAAGGAUGCUGCCAAGCAGGGAUUCUGCCUCAUCCAGUGACGAAAGGAGUCCUUAGAUAACGAUAAUAAAUUUUUGAAAGUGAUUAGCAGUAAAACUAGCCUAAGUAGCAAUACCAUGACGACAACAAUAAGCAAGCAGGAGCAGCAGCAACAUCUCCAGCAGCAACAGCAGCAGCAGCAAUAUGUGCAACUUCAGCAGCAAGCUUUGCUGACCAGCGAUUCGGUAGCGGUUCCCAUCGCAGCUGACCCCCAGUUCGACACCCUGAAUAAUAACAACCAAAACAAUAACACCGGCAGUCCGGACCAGGCUCUGCCCUCCAAUGAUGAGCCCCAGAAACGCCGCUCCCUGCUGAACUUCAAGAGUCUGGACUUUCACCUGAAGUCCCUGUACAGCGGAUUGCGCAGUCAUUCGGGCACGGGAACUCCGCCAAGCCAGCCGAACAGCUCGAUUCCAGCGGUGGAUCUGACGCAGCGCAGGAUGCCCUAUUUGCGGGUGGAGAGUGUGGAUCCCGAGGAGCCCAGGGGAUCGGUCAUCCAUCCCGGACACUCCCCCAGUUUUCUAUCACCCUACAGUGGAGCAGGGGCAGCCGGAGCUGCCAGCCUCCAGUUGCCCUCCAGCGAUGGGGCCACCAUCAGGAGAUCCUCAACUUCGGAUAUAGUUAAUUGCCGGCGGGGAGGGGGAGCAGGGGGAUCAGGGGGAGGAGCAGCCUCUGCCCAGGACAGCCGGAGGCCCAGCACAUCGGAUUUGCUCAGAAAGGCCAGGGAACGGAAGGGCAGUGAGGCCCGAAUGGGCAGGAGUGUCUCCCACAGUGGGCUGACCAGGGGCGGACCCGGCGGAGGAGGCGGUGGUCUGGGGGGCAGAAGAACCAGCAUGGCCUUCUAAGGAAAAAAAGAAACCCAGGAAACCCUUAGUGGCGAAAUAUGGCAAAAAAAAACUGUUGAUCAAAUCUGAAUCAGAAAUAGGCUGACAAAAUGGCGCUUAUGAAUUUUUAUCUAGUUAAAACAGAAAACCAAACCAAAAAAAAAUACCAAUAAUAGAGCAGCUAUUAAGAAACAACUUUUUUGUGGAUCUAUUAUCAUUAUGAUUAUAAUAUGGUUACUAUAAUUGCGCCUCAAAAAGAACUAAAGUUAGUAGAUAACAAAAAGAAAUCAACAAGUAAUGAACAGAAACAUAACAUUUCAUCUCUCUUAAACUCUGUAUCUCUCUCUCCCCCAGCAAUUUAAUAUAUAUACCUAUAUUUAAAGAACCCCCAACUUUUAUGACAAUAUUAGAACCUAACUAUCGUGUACUAUCGUUAACUAUCGCCUGGCAAAAGCUCUAAAACUAGCCUGCGUUCUGGCCCCAAAACAAAAGAGAAAAUGAUUCAAGAUCGAUCCAUUAUAUCAUCUUACUGUGAGAGUUCAUAUCAAGCGAAAAGGAUACCCAAAACUGUAUGGGGAUUGCAAAGAAGACGUCUUUUUUGAUUAAUUGAUUAGUAGAAGACUUAACGAGUGUUAAACGAUUGUUAACGAUUACGAUUGAGGCGCUGGAGGGGAGCGCUUAGCGAUUAAAGAUUACGAAAAACGAUAACGCAAAGGGAAAUUCGUCGGAUAAUUAAAUUUUAGCUAAAUAAAAGAAGAUAGAAGUGAAUAAAACUCAAAUGAAAAACAAAGAAACAAUUCAAAUCAAAUCUUAUUAUAUAGACAUUACUAGCAUUAUGUAGUUAAAUAAUAACAAUUCAAGCGAAAUUUUUUUAAAUCAACAAACGAAAAACAAAGCAAAUGCCUUUCAUAACAGCAACAACAACAACAACAACAAAUAGUUUAUAUUUUAAAUAUAUGCAGUCUAUAUAUAGAUAUACACACACAUAUGUGAAGAAAACGAAAGCGAUGAAAUAAAACAAAGCAGCAACAAAUUGUUAUUAAUUAAUUGUAGUCCAUUGUCCCGAUGGCCCAUAUAUCCCAUAUCCCAUAUUUCAUAUAAGCAACAAAAAACAAAAAACAAAAAACAAAAACACCAAUAUAGCAAUAUGUAGGUUAUACAUAUAGGGGAGUUCCCGAACCGAACCCCCUCCCGAAUACCAUGUAUUUUAUCAUCAUUAUCGAGUACACAUAUAUAAAGUCUUUCUCACAUACGGACUGUGAUUUCAUAUAAAGUAAACGUAAACAAAGUAAACAAUUAAUUAUUAUGUCUAACCUAAUGUAAUUAAAGGCUAAGUUCAUUCGAGAGAUCUCGCAGAUAGACACACACACACCGCCCCCCAGAAAAAAAGAAUCACCUAAGUAAUGUGAGAAACUGUUGGAAAACAGCUCCUUAAAUAGCAAUUUUCAAAUCGAAUGGCAUUAUAUACUCUACUCUACAAUUAAUUAACCAAAUGCGAUUGCCUUAAUAACUAAUAAUAGUACAGGGUCUGAUCAGAUCAGAUCAGAUCGGAUCGGAUAUAACCCAGUCGGGGGCCGGUUUCCUCAAACUUCAGUUCCAGAUCGGAAUACAUUAUAUACACGCAACCAUUCGCAUACUUAUUCCCCGCACUGUUGCUUGAGAAAUCGUCCCGAGAGCAGAGAAAUAAGAUAUAUAUUGGUUUGGCUCCUUCAGAUCACUCGCAAAAUAUAUAUAUACAUAUAUAGGGAGUACUUAUAUGUAUGAGAGUAAUUGCAUUUUUUAGUAAGUAGUUAAUCCGUCCUCAACAACGGCUAACCAAAUGAAGAAUUAAAUUAUGGCGAUCGGGCGCUGCUUAAGUUGAGAGCCAAAAGCCUGGUUUCGAAAGUACUUCAAAAAUCGUAUAUGCCUUUGUAUAUUUUCAUUCGUAUUCUUACCAUUUUUCUAUAUUUAUUUUAGAUAUUUUAAAUUUUCAAACAUUGUGAAGCUUAAAGUUUGUUAUUUAAAGGUUGUGAUAUGAAUCAAGAACCCUUUUAAUUGAAAAAUUGCUGAAAAAAUCAAAUACAUAUCUACAAAAAAGCAAAUUAUAUUAUUUUAAAAUAUUAUUAUAUGUUAGGCUCGCUAAAAUGAUGCUCGUACAAUUAUAGCAUAAACUCAUGUUGCUUUAUUUAGAAAUAUUAUUGGAAACUUAACUAAAAUUAAAUAAUUUUCAAAAAUUGUCUUUUCCUAUGAUUUAGGCUUUGAAAAUUAAAUGUCAAUUUUUCAUAACGGUUAAUAGGAAGUACAGACUUGUCAGGAAAUAUUAACAUUGGUAUUUCCGUGGAUUUUAAAAUAUAUUUUUUUUAGAAAAAAGUUUGUAUAAAGCCCGGCUAAACGGUUAAUCAAUAAAAAGCAGCGCCUGUCUAUAGAUCCAAUCAUCAAUUGUGGCCACGCCCCCUAAAACAAAAAAACAGCCGUAACGUGUGAACCGGAAAGCAAUAAUUCAAAAUAAUGCUGAAAAAAGUUCAACUAACCAAUUGAUGUACAUAGAAAAAACACCAACAGAAAAAGCACCUACACACAGCUGCAUUAUGAGAUUAUUUUUAGUCUGUUGUUAUCGCAAUUAUUAUCACGAUUAUUAUGAUUACGAUUAUUAUUAACACGUAGCUAGUAAAAUCGAAUGAGAAUCAGCAAUUUAUAUGCCUAAGCCUGAAAGUAACCAACAAUACACUCACACAAACUCAUGCCGUUAAUGUUAAACACAAACACAAACAGAACCACACACACAGAGACACACAUACACUGAGAUAAAAUAAAGGAUAACGAAAGCAAAUGCAGCAAAGAAAAGCAAAAGCAAAAACGUAACGGAAAGUAUUAAGAAGCAGAGAAACGUAGCGAUUAAAUCUAGUCAACAAAUUUUACUUUACACCAAACCAGAAAUAUUUAUAACAAUUGCAAUAACUAAACGAGGAGCGGUAUAACAGAAGCGUAUAUAUAAUAAAAUAUCUUAAAAUUAUUUUCUUAUCGAAACUGGCAAUAAUAAAUAUUAAUAUUAACUUAAACAACUAAAUAAUUAUAUUAUACACGCGCGAGAACUUCGUAAGUUAACUUCGCAUAGAUGAAACAUUUUGGAGGAUCAUUAAGAACCAAAAACACUUGAAACUCGAAACUCGAAACUCGAAACACACACGUUACACUGAGAGAAGAGCUCGCUUACACAAACACUUGAUUUCAAAUUAAGUCCACGCCAAGCGU